UAUCUUCUUCUAUUCUUAUUACCCUAUUUCCAUCUCUCUUAGAAUGUCUCUCAUGGAUUCUCCUUCCUCUAUUUCCUCUUGCAACUACAGAUUCAAUGUCUUCUCGAGCUUCCACGGGCCGAAUGUUCGUAAAACACUUCUUAGUCACAUGCGCAAACAGUUUAAUUUCAACGGGAUCACUAUGUUCGAUGAUCAAGGGAUUGAGAGAAGUGAAGAGAUCGUACCUUCACUCAAAAAGGCUAUAAAAGAAUCGAGGAUCUCGAUCGUGAUUCUUUCCAAGAAAUAUGCUUUGUCAAGAUGGUGUUUGGAUGAAUUGGUGGAGAUAUUAAAGUGCAAGGAAGUUAUGGGACACAUAGUGAUGACCAUCUUCUACGGAGUGGAGCCAUCUGAUGUACGGAAGCAGACCGGGGAAUUCGGGUUCCAUUUUAAUGAAACGUGUGCACAUAGGACGGACGAGGACAAGCAGAAUUGGAGCAAAGCUUUGAAGGAUGUGGGCAACAUUGCUGGAGAAGACUUCUUAAGAUGGGAUAAUGAAGCCAAAAUGAUAGAGAAGAUUGCUAGAGAUGUUUCAGAUAAACUGAAUGCUACACCUUCUAGAGAUUUUAAUGGCAUGGUGGGACUUGAAGCUCAUUUGACAGAAAUGGAGUCUUUGCUAGAUUUAGAUUAUGAUGGAGUUAAGAUGGUUGGAAUCUCUGGUCCUGCAGGGAUUGGUAAGACAACAAUUGCCAGAGCUUUACAAAGUCGACUCUCUAAUAAGUUUCAACUCACUUGUUUUGUGGACAACCUCAAGGAAAGCUUUCUUAAUAGUUUAGAUGAGUUGCGUUUACAAGAACAGUUUCUUGCAAAGGUUUUGAACCAUGAUGGAAUUAGGAUAUGCCAUUCAGGUGUGAUAGAAGAAAGGUUGUGCAAGCAGAGAGUACUCAUCAUUCUUGAUGAUGUAAACCACAUAAUGCAAUUAGAGGCGUUGGCAAAUGAAACUACAUGGUUUGGUUCUGGAAGUAGGAUUGUAGUUACUACAGAAAACAAAGAGAUUUUGCAGCAACAUGGUAUCAACGAUCUGUACCACGUGGGUUUUCCAUCUGAUGAACAAGCUUUCGAGAUUUUAUGUCGAUAUGCUUUUAGAAAAACCACUCUUUCUCAUGGUUUUGAAAAGCUUGCUAGAAGAGUAACGAAGCUUUGUGGUAACCUUCCAUUGGGUCUUCGUGUAUUGGGUUCAUCUUUACGUGGGAAGAAUGAGGAAGAGUGGGAAGAAGUAAUACGCAGGCUAGAAACUAUACUUGAUCAUCAAGAUAUCGAGGAAGUACUCAGAGUCGGUUAUGGGAGUUUACAUGAGAACGAGCAAUCUCUAUUUCUUCAUAUUGCAGUCUUCUUCAACUAUACAGAUGGUGAUCUUGUGAAAGCCAUGUUCACUGACAACAACUUGGAUAUCAAACACGGGUUGAAAAUCUUAGCAGACAAAUCUCUCAUAAACAUAUCUAACAACAGAGAAAUAGUGAUCCACAAGUUAUUGCAACAAUUUGGUAGACAAGCCGUUCAUAAAGAAGAACCUUGGAAACACAAGAUUUUAAUACAUGCUCCAGAGAUUUGUGAUGUCCUUGAAUAUGCCACAGGUACUAAAGCUAUGUCCGGCAUAUCAUUUGAUAUAUCUGGUGUCGAUGAAGUUGUUAUAAGCGGUAAAUCUUUUAAAAGAAUACCUAAUCUUCGAUUCCUCAAAGUCUUUAAAAGUAGAGAUGAUGGCAAUGAUAGAGUGCACAUACCUGAGGAGACAGAGUUUCCGCGUCGUCUAAGGUUACUACAUUGGGAGGCAUACCCAUGCAAGAGUCUUCCUCCUACAUUUCAACCUCAAUAUCUUGUCGAGCUCUAUAUGCCAAGUAGCCAGCUUGAAAAGCUAUGGGAAGGAACACAGCGCCUUACACAUCUCAAGAAGAUGAAUUUGUUUGCGUCUCGACAUUUGAAGGAACUUCCGGAUCUUUCAAAUGCUACAAAUCUGGAGAGAAUGGAUCUGAGUUAUUGCGAAAGUUUGGUAGAGAUCCCAUCCUCUUUUUCGCAUCUUCAUAAACUAGAGUGGUUGGAGAUGAAUAACUGCAUAAACCUACAAGUCAUUCCAGCUCACAUGAACUUAGCAUCCCUUGAAACCGUCAAUAUGAGAGGAUGCUCAAGAUUGAGAAAUAUUCCAGUUAUGUCAACAAACAUCACUCAACUGUAUGUAUCACGGACAGCAGUUGAAGGAAUGCCUCCAUCAAUUAGGUUUUGCUCUCGUCUCGAACGUCUCAGUAUAAGCAGCAGUGGAAAGCUCAAGGGAAUAACACAUCUCCCCAUCAGUUUAAAACAGCUAGACCUCAUUGAUUCUGAUAUUGAAACGAUUCCAGAGUGCAUCAAAUCUCUUCAUCUGCUAUAUAUCCUUAAUCUAUCUGGCUGCAGGAGACUAGCAUCAUUGCCAGAACUCCCUAGCUCACUUAGAUUUCUUAUGGCAGACGAUUGUGAAUCAUUGGAGACCGUAUUUUGCCCUUUGAAUACGCCAAAAGCAGAGCUCAAUUUCACCAACUGCUUCAAAUUAGGCCAGCAAGCACAAAGAGCAAUUGUACAACGAUCAUUACUUCUUGGAACAACGCUCUUACCGGGAAGAGAAUUACCAGCGGAAUUCGAUCACCAAGGCAAAGGAAAUACAUUGACCAUUCGUCCAGGCACAGGCUUUGUGGUUUGCAUUGUGAUUUCCCCCAACUUGGCAUCGCAAAUCACAGAGUACAGGCUUCCUCAACUAUUGUGUCGUCGUCGCAUAGGUCAAGGCGACUUAGACCCCAUUGAAAAGGUGUUCAACGUACGAACUCUACUCAACUUUCAAACGGAACAUCUAUUUGUGUUUAUCAUUCACCCUCACUUGCCAUUUAUCGAUCCCUCUGAAGUGAGCAGAGAGAUAGUGUUCGAAUUCAGUAGCAAAUUCAACCACUUUGAUGUUAUUGAUUGUGGAGCCAAGUUCUUGACCGACGGGAGCAUCAAAGGGAGUUAUGAUUCUGGAUUGGAACAAGUGUUUGAAGACAACACCAAACACGGUGACCAUGCAGAUUGUUGGAAUUGGCUAUUCCACUGUUUUGAUCUACCCCAUUUUGUGAAAAACGUCAGAAGCUUUGUCUCAGUAUGA